AUGCCGAACGUGAAGCGAAUGUACAAGCGACACCUGGCCAUCUACAAAGCCUGGCGGGACGUUCUCGGCCCCGCAAUGCACCCCCAACGGCGCAAGAAGCUGGAAGACGACGGCGCGAUCCUGGAACACGACCCCAUCAAGGGGCUAGUCAGAAAGUACGGCAGGGACAAGUUCUUGUCCGACACAGCCAUACUACGGGCUAACAAACUCUUUUGCUCCGAAGAAAAGGCGAACGAGUACUUUCAGCAGUUGAAAGCGCGCGCUCUGCCUGCCGUUGCGGCUUAUGGACGGGGCACGACGCCCAUCAAGAGUGAGUUUGACGCGGCGGCCAUACCGUCUGCUGACGUUCGUAUCGCGGAGCUACUUCGUGCUUCACGGGAGGCGAGAGAAGAAACGGUACCUACGGCCCAGACGGCCCCUGCGAACGACGAUUCGGUGCUGCAGACAGACACACAGCUAGCCCCGUCGUCCCAGUUCGAGAGCCUGACGCACCUCCCUCAGAGGAUACAGCACGGCGUGAUGGCAUAUAUGCAGACCCUCCUGGAGGUAGCCUGCUUUCAGUUCGCGCAGCAUGCGCUCCCAGACGUCCUGGCACAGCACCGCUGGGACUGCGCGGAGGCAGUCGACCUCGCACGCUGGGUAUCGAUCCUGAGAGACCGCGACGACUUCCCUCCAAUUGCCGUCCCUUCUUAUCAGGCGAUCAGUCCCCGCGAGCGACACGAAGCUGCCUCGGCGUUGCUGUCCAGCAUGGCCAGCCUGCGACACGCGGCGGUCGACCGCCACCGCCUGACAAUCAAGGAAGUGGAGCAAUACAUUGAACAAGCCGCGGCCAUUCUGCGGCUUCUCGGCGCGACGUCCUGUCUCGAGAGACUAACGCCCCUGCAGGAGACAGUGAGCAUCGCAGUGGACCACUUGGGUGAAGGUCGCAACGCCAGUACCACCACGUUGAACGAGGUGGCCACCUACACUGCCGGCAGAAGAGCCGAGCUGGAAGCACUGGAGCGAGCAACCAGAGACCAAGCGCUUUCCAGAGAAAGAGCCAUGUCGGAGAGAGCUGGAGAGGAGAUUGAACGCACAAUGUACCACCUCAUCAUGUCCGGGAGACUAUAG